AUGAUACAAUACAACGGUCAUUCUUCGCCGUGUUCACGUAGACAAAAGAAUAAAAACCGCCAUACAAUUGCCGAAGAAAAUACAUCAUUGUCAUCCAAUGUCGGGUUUCCAAGGAUGGGACCAAACGCCGUAUCCUUAUCAGCCAUAAUCACCAUCGUCGCCAUCACGUCCGUUGCCACAGCCAAUGGUUGCCAAUUUUAUCCCAUCGACAAUCACUUCAGAUUUAUCAGGUUAUCGGAAACCACACCAGUUGGUUCUGAGGUGAUGCAGAUCGAAGUGCAUCCAAGGAGAAACCUCAGUUUGCAACCAAUUGAUAGUCACGAUGAUGUGGCAUAUUUUAAAUUCCGUACAAUCAAUCGGACAACGAUUUCGUUAAGAUUAGCUAGAUCACUAGAUGAUCUAGUCGACCGGCCAAAUCCCAUCGAACUACUUAAAGUCAAAUUAGUGUGUGGAGUUGAAGAUGUUUCGGUCAGCUCAUCAGUUGUUAUUACUACGUUCGUGGAUGAUGUCAACGACAACAGUCCCUACUUCGUGAAUGCUCCUUACGGUGCCGAAAUUUCCGAAUCCACACCUAUCGGAACAACCGUUGUACGGGGAAUAAAGGCAUUAGACGCAGACAAGCCGUCCACACCGAACUCGGAAGUACGAUAUCUAAUCGCUGCUUCAAAGUCUCAAGCCAAGUUUUCAUUGGUAAUGGACGCCAAUGGUUCCGCGGCGGUGGUACUAAAAGAGUCGCUCAACUUCGACGGCGGAGACGAACGAUUCUUGUUGGAAGUGUACGCCAAAGACGAGGGAUCUCCGUCCAGGAAUGCCAGUACGGUAGUCGACGUAAGAGUAAAACGUGAUGAAUCCAGAGUGCUGAAAUUUACGAGUGACGUGUAUCACAGUCAAUUCAAGGAGCACUUUCCAAUAACGGGCAAACGAAUACUCCAAGAAAUCCCUUUCAACCCACCGAUUCAUGCAUUUUACGAUAAUAACGCUCUCAAUGCUUCGAUCCGGUAUUCUUUGACGUCGCCGGACUUCGAUGACGACGUAUUUCACAUAGACCAUUUGUCUGGCAGGGUAUUCCUGGACAAGGAGAUUGACGCAGACUUGCUCCCAUCAAAUAUAUUUUUGCUCAAAAUCCAAGCGACCGACAUGAACAACCCUUCUAAAACUGCACUGGCUGAAGUGGAAAUCGAAGCGAUCGACGUGAACGAUAACCAGCCAAAGUUUGAAGUCGAUUCGUACAACGUCAGCGUAUACGAAAACAUCCCAAACGGCUAUAACGUGCUGAGGGUGGUUGCGACAGAUCUGGACCAAGGGGACAAUGGCGAAUUUGUCUAUCAUCUAGUGGACCCCAGCCAGGCGUUCACCAUUGACGGCAAGACCGGUUGGAUAACGGUGCGAAACCACACGAAGUUGGAUAGAGAACAGAAGUCUAGCUUCUCUCUGCGAGUAUACGCCCGGGAAAAAAUACCGUUCGUAAUGCAACAAAAGGAAACUGGAGACGCGUUCGUCAGCGUUGAAAUAACCUUGCUCGAUGUCAACGACAACAGCCCGACGUUUGUGCCAAACAACCAGUACUCUUUCAAGACAAGAGUCGACAACCCAAUUGGAGCAACAAUUGGAAAGGUUGAAGCUAUAGACCCAGACGAUGGAGAUAACGGACGUGUGGUUUACAGGAUAUCGUAUUCGCCAAACAACGAAUCGGAACUUUUCGCAAUCAAUCCUGACACGGGUGAAGUGUUUGCGAAUGAAACACCGAUAAAUCCGGGCAAAUAUACGAUAAUCGUUAACGCAUCUGACCAACCAAUCGAUCCAAAAGAAAUGAAAUAUUCUUUGGCUGUCGUCACAAUCACGAUUGUUACAGAAGAAGUGAUCAAUCCUGAUUUUGUAAACGCUCCGUACGAAUUUUGGGUUGGAAGUGAUGUGCCGGUCGGCACGAGCGUAGGCCAAGUCCGAAUAGUUUCAGAAAACCCUAGUAUCGAUUACGAUUUACUUCACACCUAUCAAGAAGGAGUGCCGUUUGCCGUGGAAGAGAAAACCGGUACGAUAUCGGUCGUUGAGGUGAUUUCGAAUUUCGAUCGGACCGAUUAUGAAUUCGAAGCGGUCGCAACAGAUAAUCGAAAUUUGAUUAUUUCGACAAAUGUCACUAUUCAUAUUGUUUACUCGGAUUCUAGUCAAACAUUAACAAAAACCGUGGAUCCCAUAAGUCUAGUGUUUCGAGUUCGCGAGAAUCUCCCGGGUGUUGCUAUCGGAAGACUGUGGAAUGUUGAUUUCUCGAACUCAUCAACCAUGUCUAAGCCUAAUUUUAUAGUUGCUGACCCGGAUGACGGAGAGUUAUUUACCGUAUCCGAAGAUGGCGUUUUAUACACGAAAUCUGGCUUGGAUAGAGAAACCAAAGAAAGUUUCAAGUUGACGGUCAUUGCGGAUCGGAAAACAAAAACUGGUAUCCACCAUGCGACAAUUUUCCAGAUACGUAUCAUAGUCGACGAUGAAAACGAUAAUGCACCCGAAUUUCAAAAAACUCACUACGAAGGUUCAGUGUUGGAAAAUUGUGACGUCGGUACACUCGUAGAAUUAAAUGCACCUGUUAGAACAAUCGAUCGAGACAUGGGAUCUAACGCGAUGUUUUCAUUGACACUAAAUGGAGAAGGCAGUGAAAUGUUUACCAUCAAUAAAGAAACCGGAGACGUAAUUGUUUCGGAGCCUAUGAUCGAUAGAGAAGUUAAGGACACGUAUAGCCUUAAGAUCGUUGCCACAGACCGAGGAAAUCUGUCGUCUGAAGCUUAUCUUACCAUACGUGUAACCGAUCUGAACGACAACGUUCCCGUUUUCAAACGCAUAACCGUAUACACCAAAGACAAACUAAGAGUCGCAGCCAGUACCAAAUCGAAUAUUUCGGUCACACUGGGUGACUAUUCGAUACCACAUCGAUUGGACAACGCCACUACGACCGCCGUCGUGUGGCUCCCCGAAACGAUACAACCGGGUACGCCGAUAUUGGCAGUGAACGCCGAAGAUGCUGAUUCCACCGGAUCGACUAUCACGUAUAAACUGGCUAGAAGUGGCAUGGAGUUUGCUAUUCAUCCGAUUUCGGGUCAGCUGUCCGUGGUGGGACAGUUGAAAAUAGGCGAACAAGAAUUGAACGUCACCGCAGAAGACGAGGGCGGUCUGAUGACUUGGAUAUUGAUAAUUGUAUUCGUCGAAGAAGACAUUUUGUUCGAUAAAAAAUCGUAUGAAUUUUGGGUACCCGAAGGUGCGUAUAAACAUCACGAAAUCGGUUGCAUCGCUACAGAGGAAACUUCGGUCGUCUACUCGUUAACAAAAAAAAGUUAUCGGAAUCCCACGUUCGUUAUGACUGACGUCGGGUGUUUGUUGGUGUCCGGUGAUCUAGACAGGGAAACCAGAGAAUCGUUCGACCUGCGGUUGACGGGCAAAAGAAAGUCUGGUGGAAAUCCGUCGACGGUGGACAUCGUCGUCAAACUGUUAGACGUAAACGACAACGCGCCACAGUUUCGAAAUCAUCAUCGCGUACGAAAGUUGUCUGCCGACGAAAUUGGACUGAAAGGAUUUGAAGGAGAGCUCACAGUGCCCGUUUACGAAGCUACUUUGGCCGAAGCAGGUACGGUAGGAACCAUGAUCACGAGAAUCGUGGCUGAAGACCCCGACGGACCUGAAGACGGAAAUUCUGUAGUUACGUACAGUCUAUUCGGACCGGGUUCAGCGUUUUUCGACAUAGAUCAAGUCACUGGAGUGGUUACAUCAAAAAUUCCACUGCAAGGUGGUAUUUACAAUGUUACCGUGGUCGCAUCGGAUUCGGGUUUCUCUAGGAAAGAUAACGCCGCUUUAUUAAUCGUCAGCGUUGCCGACAAGAACUCAGGAGUCGAAGAACCGUUGCUCGAACUUCGUUAUUUCGAAGUGGAAGUGGAAGAAAAUUGUUUGGUGCCGUUAGAAAUUCUCAAACUUAACGUUACAUCAAGGUUUAGACGGUCCGCUUCGUCCGUAAGUUAUUCAAUAAUCCCCUCGGAAAACAGCGAGAGUUUUGAGAUUGAUUCAAAAAAUGGCAACGUUUAUCUUAUCGAAAGUCCUGACCGAGAGUCUACUCCGACUCUCACGGUAAUGGUUCGCGUUGAAGUUACAGGAAGGAAAGGAAAGUCCACUUAUACGGUGCAUCCGGUCGCACACGACAUAGCUCUUAACGAAGCCCGAAUCGUACUCCGAAUAAUCGAUCAAAACGAUAACACUCCGGUUUUCACGAACGAAAGUAUGCCAGUUAUCGCUGCUGUGUCUCCGUUGACAGGUUAUGGAACUCCGGUAGCAACCGUUCAAGCGAUAGACCCAGAUCUGGACAUCAACUCUGCCAUUAGGUAUACAAUAGUCGGAGAUCCCGUCGAAAAAAGAUACUUCAAUGUUGACGAACACACGGGUCUAAUACGAACGGUCGGAGGAUUCAAUCAACUUCUGAACAAUACCGUUUUUGGAUUUGACAUUCGAGCGACCGACAAAGCCGGCGCUCCCAACGGGAGAUCGGCGAUUACAAAUGUCUUUGUUUACAUUUUGGACGAUCAGAAAAUAAUAACAUUGGCUUUGGGAAAACAACCGUCAGUCGUUGAGAAGAACACAGAUGUCAUAACGAGUUCAAUGACUAAUAUCACCGGAUGUAUGGUUAAGAUAUGGAGAAUAGAUUCGAAUACAAAUAACAUGACUGACAUUCAAUUGUAUGCCGUGGAUCCUAUUACAAACGCAUUGGCAGAUAGUGAUUUAUUAAUGAAUUUGAUGUUGGAUCACCAAGAUGAAAUCAAUCACGAACUAAAGCCGCUGCAAUUCAUCGGAUUUUCUCGCAUACCGAAAAGCCACAACGACGUAGUGGUGGAAAACUCAUUAAGCCUUUAUACUACGUUUGAACUGCUAACGGUUUUGUUCGGAUUUAUUAUUUUCAUGGGAGCCAUAACCGGCGUGACGUGCGUGUGCACGGGACGUAAAAGGGAGAAAAACAAAACGAUUACUUCCUACGGGAAUUUCGGUUUCCACGAGAGGUCUCCGUUCACAUUGAGCAACGGCAGUCUGGCGAGGCUGUCGACCUGCGAACCCAGAUCGCUACAGAACCCCACGUCGUUCAUGGAGGGUUCGCUUUUGUACGGAGGGGCCGUGACCAACCCUAAGCACCUGCGGAGGGGUCUUCGAUGCAAUCAGUCGAGGUCUAUCAUACCCGUCGAACCACCCAUCACCCAUUUGCGGCCCCAGUGCGGGACCAGGAGCGAUCACCACGACAAUCUGCAAAACGAUUGUUGUUCGUGUAGCAGCGCUACCGGGAGCACUGGCACCGCCAGUUUAACCGAGUCCUUUGUCAUGAAGUCUAGCGACAAUUUCGAAGACUCGUUGCGUUCGAUUGAAAGACCUAACAAUAACAGCAAUUGCCAGAGGCAUCAUCGGUGUUGCAAUGAAGAUGAUCCGAAUAAGACGCAAACGAACAAUUCUAAUAUUAAGGUCUGCAAGUGUCCGUUGGCGCUGUGA